CAAAAAAUGCCCGGAUUGGGUCGUAAACAACCAUGGAACCGCAGAGAGCAUCUCGUCGGGUGGAUCGAGGGCUAGACUGUAAUGUAACAUAAUGGAAAAAGCUGGAACACAGCAGUGGUGUGACAGGGAUGACGGUCGAGAGGCGACAACAUCAUAGGAGCUGCAGACAGAGCCAGAGUCUAUGGGGCCAAUUUGUAAGAUAACAGAAGAGCAACGAGGACAGUUUCCUGGCAUUUGCCCACAGAAAUUAACCAAAUGUCGCUGGGAGAACAAGUGAAGUCCAGUGACCACGAGUACUUUGAAGAAGAAAAAACAGAGAGAAAAUGACAAACAGAUUUUACAGGAUGACUUACAACUGAAUAAACUGCAAAGAGCGCCACAGACUACAUUACCCACAAUCCUCGUCUCAAAUAUACACUGGAUACCUUGCAAUCUCUCUCAUCUCUCCUCUUAUUCAGCCAAUGGGCAUAGAGGAUUAUACCUAGUCUGAGACCGGUUACCACAGCACAGGAGGGGGGCGGGAUUGGGGGGGGGGGGGCGACAUUGGGACCGAAGACCCCUGGGAAAUAUUCACACCACCUCAAUCACGUGGAGCCUGACCACCUUCCACCGCCUACUGAAGGAACACCGCCAGGCAAGAAAGCAGACAGAUCAUACCGGACAAGAUACCUGAGGGAUCAACAGCUGCCUGGCCAAGCCGCUCCCUACAUAGGACGUAGGCAGUGAGGCAUCUCACUUGCAUUUGGAACACAGCCGUCAAGUCGGUUCCAGAGUCAAGACCCCCUUGCAGAGCCCCUGGGGGCUCCAGCACCAGCGGUUGAGUCUCCUUAGCAACACCAAGUCUGCCUGGAGGUGAUGGGCAACAAGAACAUGAGUGCCCCCCCGAAGGGCCCCGAUGCUGGGGGCCAGGAGACCCAGGAGGAGCAGCCGUCGGAGACCAGCCUCCCAGGACCCUCUGAAAGUGUAGGGGCCCCGGGCCCCAGUCCAGAGGUGCUGGCUUCCCUGCACACCCUUGUGGAGGCCCCAAACUACACACUACUGCCACACUCCCUACACCAGAUGGCAGAGGCGUACUCCCUCAAAGACGACUACCAGUGGGCAAUCCAGUUCCUGCAGUUGGAGAAGUCCUACCAUGAACGCUUGCUGGCCAACCUCGCCGCCCUGCAGGAGACCUGGGAGAGCCAACUGGAGGGUCAGAAGGAUCCUGAGGGAACAGAGUCCAACCGAAGCAGGGAGAGCAGCAUGGAGGCCCUGGAGCAGCUCUGUAGGAACCACAGCAGACCGCUCAGUGGGGACCAGUGUGUGUCCGACCCGGAGAGGGGAGGAGCCGAGGGCAGAGCUCUGCACCACGGGGAGAACCAGACUCCGCCCCCUCUACAGCAUGGAGCAGACACUAAACCCCUAGCAGCACCCACGGGUGAGGGUCUGACACAUACAGAACCACGGCCCCCUCAAGACCCCCGCCAGCAGGACGAGGGGACGGAGGAGCAGGAGGAGGAGGAGGAGGAGGAAGACGAGGAGCAGGAAGAGAGGAGAGAAGGUGAAGAGGAAGAGAUGGAGGAAGAGGAAGAGAGGCGAGGAGCAGAAGAGGAGGAGGAGGUGUGUGAGGAAGAGAGGCGAGGUGCAGAAGAGGAGGAGGAGGAGCCAUGUGAGGAAGGGCAGGAGGUGGCGUGUGAGGAGAUGAGCCCCGAGGAGGAGGAGGUGAAGGGGGAGUGGCCCACAGGGGUCCCGCAGGCCUCGGAGAAGGACCUGGUCAAGCUGUCACACGAUGAGGGGUGCUCCGCUCAUGACGGCCUGGUCUCCAUCCUAAAGCGCAGGAGGGCAUCGUUGGAUGGUCUACCGCCCCCUGGUGUCUCGGUCGAGAAGCACAACGGCAAGCGCAAGGUCCGCUUCACCGAGCCGGAAUACACCGCAGAGCAAGAUGAGGCGGGUGGAGACUCGUGUCUGAUCCUGUUGCUGCUGUGUACGGUUACCGUGGUGAUCAGCAUCGGCGGCACAGCCCUGUACUGCACCCUGGUGGACACCUACUCCAGCAUAUGCACAGACUUCUCAGACAACAUCAACUUCUACGUCGUAAACGUGCAGAGGGUCUUUGACCAACUGAAACACUUGCUGCCCCUUCAGACUUAAAACACACAACACACCUGUACUCGAGACGCUUUACAGGUUUUCUUUAGUGUCUUGAGGUGGUGGCUGACCCAACCCACAACGCUGAUGUCAUCAGGUCACCGAGGAACAACCAAUCAGCUUUAACCUGCCGUUGCUACGGGGCAGUGAUUGUCAGAUGGACCUUUUAUGAUCGUACUUCCAAGUGCUGUGCUAGUACUCCUUCACAUCCAGAUGUAUGUUGAUGUUCUUUGAAUGUUUCCGAGUUUGUUUUAUAAAGCUCAAAAAAGAAGAAACUAAACAUUUGCAAGAAUUACAUGCAAACCGUCAACUGGUCCGAUGAGCUAAGAUGGAAGAUCUGGAAGAAUGUGUUUCUUAAAGACUCUGGACCAAAGUGUACACUUGUGCAUGUACACACACACACACACACACACACACACACACACACACACACACACACAGGCGUCCACGCAGAGAGAAGCAGCAGGGGGGGAAAGAAACGUCACCAGCUAGGGGCUGCCUUUGUUGGAGGUAAUCUGUGUAAUGGACUGUAGAGGCGCACACACACACACACACACACACACACACACACACACACACACACACACACACACACACACACACACACACAUACACAAAGCGAUGUUGUUCCUGUAUUUAAUUAACUUUAUUGUCCAGGUUUUAUUGUAGCACGUCGUACUGUACUAUGGAGGAGACCAACCCAGAUGUAAUUAGAAGAGCUACAGCAUGUGUUGUUUCGUUAUAAACAACGCUGACCUAAGCUCUGCCUGGUGUUCCUUUUACUAUCUCUUUUUUCCUAUAAAUAUAUCUAUGGCUACAGCCGUAGCAAUAGACGGCUGUAGCUGUCUAUUGCUACCACAUUGAAGUAUAGCCUGUAUAGAUCUCAGAAACACGCCUGUACACACAUAAAUGUGAAACAAAUGCAGUAUUUUAAAUUACUCCGGACCUCUUGACAUAGGUAUACUUUAACAUACAAGUUGUAUAGCUGUUAUGUUACAAGACGAGAACUUACAAAAUUAGAUUAGGAUUUAGCCCAUAUGUGUAUAUACAUGACUCAAGUUUGCAUCAACAACAUUUCCCGGUUCAAUACAGAGUGACACCAUUACCAACAAGCAUGAUAGAAUGGCCUAUGUUUAAAAUAAAAUUACUUUUCAUUUUAAACCGGCGUAAUUUGUCUUUGU